AUGAAGUUUUUAAAAUUGACAAUUCUUAUAAUAUUAUCUAUUAUAGCUUAUUUUUAAUAAUUUUCUGAUGUAAUUGUAGAUGUAGAUUUUUCAUCAAAAGAAUUGACUAACGAGGAUAUACUAUCAUGGAGUAUAAAAAGAAACAAAAGUGGAGGAUUAAUUUCUUAAUGUAGUGAAAAUAAAGAUUUCAGCUUUCCUGAGGAAGUCUUUGGUUUACAAUAAAAUUUUGCUUAAAAAACUAGAUUACUUAAAACAUUUGAUACUGGAGUUAAACCUGUAAAAUGUUGGAUUGUAUUCGAUUUAUAUUUAUAUAAUUUCGCAUACAAUGAUUCAGUAAAUGUAUAUGCUGAAGAUCAAUUAAUUUAUUAAUUUGAAUGUAAAAAAAUAAAUAGAGUAACAGUAAAAAAAACAUAGUGUUAUGAUAAAUAUUAUAAUUAAAAUAUGCCUGUUUCAAUUUUAGAAAAUAUUAAAACUAUAACAUUUGUUCCAUAAAAGAAAAGAAUAAAUGUAGAAUUAAAUGUAAGUUUUUAAUUCUAGGAUACUUUCUGGGGACUAAAGAAUUUAGAAUUUCAUUGUGAUUUUAAUAGGUGUCCUAAAAAUUAACGUUUAGAUUAAGAUAGUUAAGUAUGUAUCUGUUAAAAUGGUUUUAUAGCUUCAAGUUAAAAUCCUUUAACUUGUAUAUAACCUCCUGUAUGUCAUCCUAGUUGUUUAAAUUGCUUUACCUCAGGUAAUGUAUGUAAUAAAUGUCCUGCAAAUUCAGAACUUAGUGAAGAUAAACAAAAAUGUGUUUGUAAAACCGGAUAUACUUAAAAAUCUUCAAGUCCUUUAAUUUGCGAACAUGAAGAAAUUAAAAUAACAUGUCCAAGUAAUUCUUAUCUUGUCAUAGAUUUGAAAAUUUGUUUAUGUAAUUAUGGAUAUUAUGCUGUUUCAUAGAAUCCUUUAAUAUGUAUAUAAAUACCAUAAUGCCACUCUAGCUGUUUAUAAUGCUAAAAAAAUAGUGAUAUAUGUGCAUUAUGCCCUGAUUUCAGUAUACUUACAAAUGGUGAUACUUAAUGUGAAUGUCCUUUGAACUCUUCUAUUUCUCCUGAUGGAUUACGUUGUGAAUGUCCCUAAAAUUCAUCGUUUGAUCUUAUGAAUAGAUAAUGCUAAUGCAAAUAAGGUUUCUAAUAAUUUUAAUCCCGUGUUUUUAUUUGUAGAAAAAAUCCUGUUUGCAAUGCCAGUUGUUUACAAUGUAACGAUUAAGAAAUAUGCAUUAGAUGUCCCGCUAACUCUACUGCUUAAGGAAAAGUAUGUGUUUGCAACAAAAAUUACAUAGCUUUUUAAAUAGAACCCUUAAUUUGUUAAAAUAUAAAGGAAGCAAAUUAAAUUAGCUGUCCUUUAAAUUCUUACAGUUUAGAUGGAGUUACGUGCAUUUGUUAUGAUAAUUUUUUCCCUUCUUAACCUUGGCCACUUUUAGAAUGCAGUCAAAUCAAUGAAUGUGAUCCUACAUGCUAAUAAUGUUCUUUUGAUGGAAAGUGUAUUAAAUGUAUUGAAGAUUUUGUUGUUAAUGAAGAUCUGAAAACCUGUAGAGAUCCAGGUUGCCAUCCUAGUUGCAAUUGUGAUUUGCGAGAUGAUUAAUGUGGAAGCUAAGCUGCUUGUCUUACUUGUAAAUAGCCAACUUUUACACAUAUGGUCAAUAAAGAUUUCUGUUAAUGCUUAACUCCUCAAUAUAAGCUUAAAGAAGGUUCUGAAUGGGAAUGCGUAGAAACCAAUUUGGGAAUUGAUACUCCUGUUUGUGAAUGGUAAUUGUAUAAUUAAAUUCUUAAUAUGGUAGUCCAUUCGAAUUGUGGAAUCGAAAUAAACUAAUAAUAAUAAAAUAUUCUUGUAGAUAAUAUAUCUUUUGAUUGGAGAAGAAUUAAAACGGCCACUUUAGAUGAUAAAUGUAAAAAUGAACUGAGAACAAGAAUUUUGUUAGCAAAAGAUUGCACAAACUAUGAGCUCUUAAAUUCAAAUUAUUUCACAUAUAUAAAUUAAACUCAAAUAAGCCUUAGAAUUCCUUUAAUCGAUGUAUAUUAGUUGACCUAAAAUACUUCUUUGACUGCUGAUGCUAGAACUAUUUAUUAAAUUGCCUGCUUUGCAAUUGAAUUAUCUCAUUCUAGAAGAACUAUCCGUCUUCAUAAAUUCUAAAUUAGAGUAUAUACAAAUCGUGACGUAGUAGAAGUAUUCCACUUAACAGUAAGCAAAUAAAUAACUGAUGGUUGUGAUAAAGGACAAGAAUGCAUCAUAGUUGCUAAUUUAGAUACUAAAUCUGAUAUUUGUACUGAUUCUUCGUGUAAUGCUUUCUUUAAAUAAGGAGUUGUGCCUUCAUACUAAGUUGGAUAACAUAUGUACGUAAGAAUUUAAUUUAAAGACAAUACUUACAAAAAAUAUCUAAAUAUCAAAGCCGUUAAAUUUGUUGAUGAUAAAGGAAUUUACAGUUAUGUCAGAAACGUUUAAUAUUGGACUUUGAGAUAAAAUUUAGGGUCUGUCGAUGUUGAAGUUUUUCUUUUCUAACCUCAUUAAAAUGCUCUUGUUUAAGUUGAGUUGAAAAUAGCCCUUAAUAAAGAU